CCUUUUGCCCUUGUGUGCCCGCUCCACACUGGAACCUGGGUCUGCAUCCUCCUUUCUCCCUGGAGGACACCUGGAAGACAAUCAGGGCUGAGGUCAUGGCAGGGCCUGCUCUGUGGCCCUGGGGAGUACACUUGCUUAUGAGCCUGCUGUCCUUGGGAUCUGGCCUGGACACACUAGAGGUGUGCCCCAGCCUGGAUAUCCGCUCCGAGGUGACUGAGCUCCGUCGGCUGGAGAACUGCAGUGUGGUAGAGGGUCACCUGCAGAUCCUUCUCAUGUUUGCUGCCACUGGAGAGGAUUUCCGGGGCCUCAGCUUCCCUCGCCUUACCCAGGUGACUGACUACCUGCUGUUGUUCCGGGUCUAUGGCCUGGAGAGCCUUCGAGACCUCUUCCCCAAUCUUGCUGUGAUCCGAGGCACACGGCUCUUCCUGGGCUAUGCACUCAUUAUCUUUGAGAUGCCCCACCUAAGGGACAUCGGGCUGCCGUCGCUUGGGGCCGUGCUUCGUGGGGCUGUUCGAGUGGAGAAGAACCAGGAACUUUGCCACCUCUCCACCAUUGACUGGGCUCUGCUGCAGCCUGCACCUGGUACCAACCACAUUGUAGGGAACAAGUUGGGCGAGGAGUGUGCUGACGUGUGCCCUGGUGUGCUGGGUGCUGCUGGUGAACCCUGUGUGAGAACUACCUUCAGUGGGCACACUGACUACAGGUGCUGGACGUCCAGCCACUGUCAGAAAGUGUGUCCCUGCCCCCGGGGGCUGGCCUGCACAGCAGGCGGCGAGUGCUGCCACAGUGAGUGUCUGGGGGGCUGCAGCCAGCCUGAAGACCCUCGAGCCUGUGUAGCUUGCCGCCACCUCUACUUCCAAGGAGUCUGCCUCCGAGCCUGCCCUCCGGGCACCUACCAGUACGAGUCCUGGCGCUGUGUCACCGCGGAGCUCUGUGCUCAUCUGCGUGAGGUUCCUGGACUUGCCACUGCCUUUGGCAUCUACGAGGGCAGCUGCCUGGCUCAGUGCCCUCCAGGCUUCACCCGUAAUGGCAGCAGCAUUUUCUGCCAUAAGUGCGAGGGUCUGUGCCCCAAAGAGUGCAAGGUUGGGACAAAGACCAUCGACUCUGUUCAAGCCACACAGGACCUGGUGGGCUGCACCCACGUGGAGGGGAACCUUAUCCUCAACCUUCGCCAAGGCUACAAUCUGGAGCCAGAGCUUCAACGCAACCUGGGGCUGGUGGAGACCAUCACCGGCUUCCUCAAAAUCAAGCACUCUUUUGCACUCGUGACCCUGGGCUUUUUCAAGAACCUCAAACUAAUCCGGGGAGAUUCCAUGGUGGAUGGGAACUACACUCUCUACGUAUUGGACAACCAGAACCUUCAACAGUUGGGGCCCUGGGUGGCUGCGGGGCUUACCAUUCCCGUAGGCAAAAUCUACUUCGCCUUCAACCCACGCCUCUGCUUGGAGCACAUAUACCAACUGGAGGAGGUGACCGGAACCAGAGGCCGGCAGAGCAAGGCUGAAAUCAACCCCCGAACCAAUGGAGAUCGCGCUGCCUGCCAGACUCGCACUCUGCGCUUUGUGUACAACCUGACGGAGGAGGACCGCAUCCUCCUACGCUGGGAGCGCUAUGAACCACUGGAGGCCCGUGACCUGCUCAGCUUCAUCGUCUAUUACAAGGAGUCCCCAUUCCAGAAUGCCACAGAACACAUUGGUCCAGAUGCCUGUGGAACCCAGAGCUGGAACCUGUUGGAUGUGGAACUACCCCUCAGCCGCACCCAGGAGCCAGGGGUGACCCUAACCCCCCUUAAGCCCUGGACGCAAUAUGCUGUGUUUGUGAGGGCCAUCACACUGACCACCGCUGAGGACAGCCCCCAUCAAGGAGCCCAGAGCCCCAUUGUCUACCUGAGAACAUUGCCUGCGGCACCCACGGUGCCCCAGGAUGUCAUCUCCACCUCCAACUCCUCCUCACACCUCCUGGUGCGCUGGAAGCCGCCGGUCCAGCGCAAUGGAAACAUUACCUACUACCUGGUGCUGUGGCAGCGCCUAGCAGAGGACGGUGACCUCUACAUCAAUGACUAUUGCCACCGCGGUCUGCGGCUACCCAGCAGCAGCCACGACACACGCUUCGACCGAGAAGACCCGGCGCUGGAGGCCGAGCCGGAACAAGGCUGCUGUCCUUGCCAACACUCACCUCCUGGGCAGGCCCUGCCCGCACUGGAGGCUCAAGAGGUCACCUUCCAGAAAAAGUUUGAAAACUUCCUACACCAUGCCAUCACCAUCCCUAAGGCCCCAUGGAAAGUGACAUCCAUCAACAAGAACCCCCAAAGGGACUCCGAGAGGCACCGCAGGGAAGCUGGGCUUCUCAGACUAGGGAAAAACAACUCGGAUUUUGAGAUUCAAGAGGACAAGGUUCCCCGGGAGCGAGCGGUACUGAGUGGCUUGCGGCACUUCACAGAAUACAGGAUUGACAUCCAUGCCUGCAACCACGCGGCACACACUGUGGGCUGCAGCGCCGCCACUUUCGUCUUUGCACGCACCAUGCCACAUAGAGAGGCCGAUGGCAUCCCGGGAAAAGUGGCCUGGAAAGCAGCUGGCAAGAGCAGUGUCAUCUUGCAUUGGCUUGAGCCACCUGACCCCAAUGGGCUCAUCCUCAAGUAUGAAAUCAAGUACCGCCGCCUGGGAGAGGAGGCCACAGUGCUUUGUGUGUCCCGCCUUCGAUAUGCCAAAGUUGGUGGCGUGCACCUGGCUCUGCUGCCCCCUGGAAACUACUCUGCUAAAGUCCGGGCCACCUCAUUGGCUGGCAAUGGCUCCUGGACUGACGGUGUUGCCUUCUACAUCACCGGUCCAGAGGAAGAAGAUACUGGGGGACUGCGCAUCCUCCUCACGGUCACCCCUGUGGGGUUCAUGCUGCUCGUGAUGCUUGCUGCCCUCGGUUUCUUCUACAGCAAGAAGAGAAACAGUAUGCUGUACACAUCCGUGAACCCGGAGUAUUUCAGUGCAUCCCACAUGUAUGUCCCUGACGAGUGGGAGGUGCCUCGGGAGCAGAUAGCCAUCAUCCGGGAGCUGGGCCAAGGCUCUUUUGGGAUGGUCUAUGAGGGACUGGCCCGAGGACUUGAGGCUGGAGAGGAGUCUACGCCUGUAGCCCUGAAAACAGUUAAUGAGCUGGCCAGCGCACGGGAGCGCGUUGAAUUCCUCAAGGAAGCGUCCGUCAUGAAGGCAUUCAAGUGUCACCAUGUGGUUCGUCUCCUGGGUGUGGUGUCUCAGGGCCAGCCAACUCUGGUCAUCAUGGAGUUAAUGACCCGUGGGGACCUCAAGAGCCAUCUCCGAUCACUGAGACCUGAGGCAGAGAACAACCCUGGCCUCCCGCAGCCUGCACUCGGUGACAUGAUUCAGAUGGCAGGGGAGAUUGCAGAUGGCAUGGCCUACCUUGCUGCCAAGAAGUUUGUGCACCGGGACCUGGCAGCCCGCAACUGCAUGGUGUCCCAGGAUUUCACCGUCAAAAUUGGUGACUUUGGAAUGACUCGGGAUGUGUACGAGACAGACUAUUACCGCAAGGGUGGAAAGGGGCUACUGCCAGUGCGCUGGAUGGCCCCCGAGUCCCUCAAGGACGGAGUCUUCACCACUCACUCAGAUGUCUGGUCCUUCGGUGUGGUGCUCUGGGAGAUUGUGACCCUGGCUGAACAGCCAUACCAGGGCCUAUCAAAUGAGCAGGUGCUGAAAUUUGUCAUGGAUGGUGGAGUUCUAGAAGAGCUGGAGGACUGUCCAAGUCAGCUACAGGAGCUGAUGAGACGCUGCUGGCAGCACAGCCCACGCCUGCGCCCGACUUUCGUCCACAUCCUGGAUCGCAUACAGGAUGAGCUUCGGCCCUCUUUCAGGCUCUGCUCCUUCUACUACAGCCCAGAGUGCCAGCGGGGCCAGGCCUCCUUGCUGCCUACUGAGGCAGAGCCUGACUCCCCACCGAUCUUAAAUGGAGCUUCAGACUAUAGUCCCCCAAAUGGGGACCCAGAACACUGAGGGGUCAUCCUUCCCGACCUGACUGCCCCGCCAUGGGCAGAGAAGACAGAACCCAACCUUUAUGGCCAGCUGUUCCCCUCUCACCCCAGUCCCCCUCACACAGGUCAGGAAUUAGCUCAGCACAAGCAGAGAGCAGGUGCCAGAAAGGGAGACAUCUGAACUCACAAAUGAUAGCCUCACAGACUCACAGAGACAGCCUGUGGGCCAUCAGGAGAGGCCGAAGCAGGAGGGACUCUCAGGCCACAAGGGCAGGAGUGCCCUGCCCUCAGAGAGAAACUCUGGUCAGGCUGAAAAGCUCAUCCACUGGAGGGAGGCAGGGUCCAGUGACACACACCUCCGACUUCAGGUGGUCAACAGCUUGAAAGCGAAUGAGUGGCCAGAGGCAGGCCUGGAGAUCUCUCCACUCACGUUGAGACCUGAUGACAGUAUCCACAGAAAAUUCCUUCUUUCCCUGUGGUCAGCUCCUCCCCUCUGCCCCACAUUCCAAGACAAAGCAGGAACCCUAGGACCCUGAAUAAGUGGGUCCCAAACAUGGCUC